AUGAAAUCCGUCAACGUUGCUAUUAUUGGGUCCGGUGUUGUUGGCUCGGCCUUCAUCAACCAAUUGAAGAACUUGAAGUUUCCGAUCAACUUAAAUGUUGUAUACUUGGCUAAGAACUCUAAAGAAGCCCUUUUCUCACAAGACUACAAACCUGUCGAUUUGGCUUCGUAUGAAACUGCGGUUACCCAGCCAACAUUAUCUUUAGAUGAAUUGACUAAAUUUUUGAAGGCUUCAGCAAAACCAUCUCUUUUGAUUGACAACACGUCCAAUGUCGCCAUUGCUGACUACUAUCCAACUUUCAUCAAGGAAGGUAUUUCCAUUGCCACACCAAACAAAAAGGCAUUUUCUUCUGAUUUGAAAACAUGGAAUGAGAUUUUCUCCAACUCUGCCGCUCCAGGAGGUGGUUUGGUUUACCAUGAAGCUACAGUUGGAGCAGCUUUGCCAAUCAUUGGUUCUUUGAGAGAUUUGGUUACAACCGGUGACAAAGUGCACAAGAUUGAAGGUAUUUUGUCAGGUUCAUUGUCCUUCAUCUUCAAUACCCUCUCUACAAGUGAGUCUUCAACCACUAAAUUUUCUGAUGUUGUUAAGACCGCCAAGGAAUUGGGGUACCUUGAGCCUGAUCCAAGAGAUGACUUGAACGGUAUGGACUUCGCUAGAAAAGUUACCAUUUUGGCAAGAAUUGCUGGUUUUGAAGUGGAAUCGCCAACCUCUUUUGCUGUUGACUCUUUAGUCCCUAAAGAAUUGGAAGCCUGUGCUACUGGUGUUGAAUUUUUGGAGAAGUUGCCUAACUUCGACGCUGAUUUCCAAAAGCGCAAGGAUGAUGCUCUCGCUGAAAACAAAGUCUUGAGAUAUGUUGGCCAAGUGGACUUCAAGGCAAAUAAGGUUUCCGUUGGAAUCGCCAAAUAUGAUUUUGACCAUCCAUUCGCUUCUUUGAAGGGUUCUGAUAACGUCGUUUCCAUCCAAACAGAACGGUAUGUGAACCCAUUGAUUAUUCAAGGUGCUGGCGCUGGAGCAGAGAUUACAGCCCAUGGAGUGUUGGCAGAUGCUUUGAAGAUUGCUGAAAGAAUUGCUCAGUAA